GUGAAAUAAUAAGGAGGGGAAAAAAAAAAAAACAGACAAGCAUGGAAAGUGAGGACACAAAGAAAACACAAGAAAUGAAGACUGACCUGAACUUAUUAUUGGAGUGUCUGAAGUAUCAAAUGGACAACCCUUUAUCACAAAAGGAAGCUUUGGUCACUAUUCAUUCAAUCUGUCAACAAAACAGUGAUGCAGGUGUAUAUUUUCGGGAAAUUGGUGGUUUGAUGUUUGUAAAAAAUCUUGCAAAGUCAAGUGAACAUAGCAUGGUAAAAGAAGCAGCCUUGUAUACAUUAGGAACUGUUGCAGAAAAAAAUGUUUAUUGUCAGCAGACUUUGUGCACUUCAGAAUUGUUUGAAGACUUAAUUUGGUUCUUAUCUAAUAAUGAUUCAAACACAAAUUUGAAAAGAAUGUCUGUCUAUGUUAUUUUGGUUCUAGUUUCAAAUAAUAGGACUGGACAAACGCUUGUGAGAGAAACAGGUUGUUUUAAAAUUCUGUCAGAGUUGUUCAGGGCAGCCCUUUCAAAAUAUGAGUUGAAUUUGUCAGAUAAAAAUGUUUUCCAGAAUUAUCAGUUGUGGUCAUCAGUGUGUGGUACUCUGUGUGUCUGUGUCAACAAUCCUCAAAAUGAUGAAAAUCAAAGGCUUUGCUGUUCACUUUUUCCACAUGCUAAUGACUGGCUAAAAAAUUGUAUGAUGCCUGAGAUAAUUCGCCCUCUUUGUUCAUUUAUUGGACUCACUCUUGCAAAUAACACACAUGUUCAGAAAUACUUUAUAUCUGUGGGUGGACUGGAUGUAUUGUGUCAAGUUCUUGUGCAACUGGAAUCUGAUUCACAUCAGACUCUUUCAAGUGCUAAGCUUGCAGUGGUGGUGACAAAGACAGUGGAUGCAUGUAUUGCUGAUAAUACUACUUUUGGUGAAGUAUUAUCCAAGUACCACAUUGUUUCAAAACUUCUGGCAUUACUGCUUCAUGAAAGUCUGGAUUCAGCAGAAAAAUUUAGCAUCAUUCUUACUCUUGGUCAUUGCACAGAGACUUGCGAGGAAAAUCAGUAUGACCUUUUUAAAAACAAUGGGCUUCCACUCAUGAUACAAGCCUUAACUGAAUCUCAGAAUGAGGAACUAAACAAAGCUGCCACUUUUGUGCUUUGCAACUGCAAAAAAAUUACUGAGAAAUUAUCUCUAAGCCUAAGAGAAUGUCCUUUUGAUGAAAAUGAAGCAGAACAAUUAGAAGACAUAAAUAUGAAAGAGAAGAAUAUUGGAGAGUACUGGAAGAAAGCAAAGGACAUUCUUCACAGAAUAGAACAGCUUGAAAGAGAAGAAAAUGAGGAAAAAACACAAAGAGAAAAAGAUAAUGUUUCAUCUAUGAACAUAAAUAUUCAAAAUACAUUGAAACACCUCCAUACAAAUAGUAUUGGUGGAGGUCCCAAAGCAGAAGAUAAGGAUACAAGCCAGUCUAGAAAGCUUCAAAGUUACAAAUCUCAUGGAUUUAUGUCUAAAGCAUGUACAAAAGAUGACCAAAUGAAGACCCUGUUAAAGAGUGCAAAUCCAGUUAAUGCUUGUUACAGGGAGAGUGGGCAAAGUAAGACUUUAUAUAAAGCCAACCCAAGCUGCAAUCAAAACUUACAGGAAGGAACUUUUGAAAAAAAAGAUUCUGUUUCUCAAUCAAGCGACCAUGUUUUUAAAUACCCAAAUCCCAUUGUCAAAAAUAGACAGCAGCAGUUACCAGUAACAGAUCCAUUUACAUUAUGUUCAGAUAUAAUAAAUAAAGAAGUCAUCAAUUUCCUAUCAGCUGACAAUUGUCCCAAAAUAUUCAAGUAUAGAUGCUCAGGUUGCAUAGCAGUAGGAAAAUCCCUGAAUAGCCGAAAUUUUAGCAAGCUCUUGCACUCUUGUCCAUACCAAUGUGAUCGUCACAAAGUCAUUGUGGAAGCUGAAGACAGAUAUAAAAGUGAACUAAGGAAAUCACUUAUCUAUAACAAAAAAAUUCUGCUGACCCCACGUAAAAGACAACUACUCAGUAAUGAACAUACUACCUCUGGAGGAAUAAAAGAAAGAAAAAUUCGUAAAAACUUUACUGAAGAAGAAGUGAAUUACAUUUUCAGUGGAGUUAAGAGAAUGGGAAAUCACUGGAAUGCAAUUUUGUGGUCUUUUCCCUUUCAACAAGGACGGAAGUCUGUUGACCUUGCUCAGAAAUACCACAAGCUGACCAAACGCCCCAAGUUUGUGGCUCCUUAAUUGGAAGAAAACUUGCCAGUUUCUAUUGUGAACUCAUUUUAUUUUUAUUUUCCUAUUGUGAACUCUUAAAAUACAGUGCCUUGAAGAUACAAAAUUUAAAAUAUUCUUCUAAACUCUCAUGAGACAAGGAAUGUGGCAACAGGAAUACUAUUUACAUUAAAUUCUUUUUGUGAUGUGAUGCUACAGCAAAAUAUUAAAAUAGUUUAGCCUG